AUGACCACCCGACCACAAUUGAACAGAGAGAGAUUGGUAGCGCCAGUGAAAAGUGCUAAGGACGUGGUAGAUGCCCCAGGCAUUCCUGCAGAAAAGCGGCUGGGCCGUCGAGUAGAUGAGGAGACCUGCUUCAUCAGUGAUCAGAAAAUCGCACAGGCACUACAGCCGUCCCUGCUGAACGGUGGCAACCUUGUAGAUGUUUUUCAGCAUCGCGAGGAUGACUUUGAAGCUGUUGAGACGAUCGAAGUGUUCUACACCACAAGUGCCGGAGAGAAGGUUCACGAGCUGGUCUUCGCCGAGAAUGCUGAAAGGACUGUGACUGGGCCACGCAUCCUGGUCUCGGCCAACAGGGUGAACACCAUGCACCGCGCAAUUUCUGUGCUGUCUCGCAAGGUUGACAACCUCACAACAACCUUGCGUGUUUGCAGAGAGCACUACUACAAGGAGCUGUUUUCGCUACGGCACGGACGCCAGCCCACAGAAGACCAUGAAAAAUUCUGGUUUACGCCACAAGCAUACCAAGACACGGUUUCAAUUCAAGAGCUGCGAAAACGAUUUGGAACCGAACAGGAGGUGCAGUCCAAAAUCGAACACACUCACUUUUGA